AUGGAACCUUUCUCCCUUAACUCUCCCGGGUUUGUUAACUUAUUAGCUUCGCAGAGCAGUACACCAAUAGACGUAGACUCUGCUGAGGCAGCUGGUAACUCUCCCGGGUUAGUUAAACCAUUGGAAAGGAGAAAGUGGGGACCCAAAGAAGACCUUGUGCUCAUUAGUGCUUGGUUGAACACGAGCAAGGAUCCCAUAGUCAGUAAUGAGCAGAAGCUCAUUGGCUCCGUUCCUAGAGAGUGGAGUCAAUGUAAGCAGAGGUGGGGAAGAGUGAAUGAGCAGGUGUGCAAGUUUGUGGGAAGCCAUGAAGCCGCUUUGAAGGAGCAAGCGAGUGGCCAAAAUGAGAAUGAUGUCAUGAAGGCUGCUCAUGACAUCUUCUUAAAUGACUAUCAUGUCAAGUUCACCCUUGAACAUUGCUGGAGGGAAUUGAGGUUUGAUCAGAAAUGGAGAUCACACUCUUUCUCGAGAGAUGGUGCAAAGGAGAAAAGGAAGGAAGCAGGUCCGGAGGUGGUGCCUGACGAGGAAGAGGUUAGGCCUCCUGGUGUUAAGGCUAGCAAAGCAGCCAAACGCAAGAAGCACGGGAAUGAAACAGCUUUUGAUCAAAUACAGAGCAUGCUAGCUCUGAAAAAUAACAUUUUCAAACAAAAGAUCCUUGAUCAUCUCCUAGCCAAAAACGAAGACACACUUUCUGAUCAAGAAGUCACAGGUUCCAGGUCACGGGUUGCAGGUCACGGGUUGGAGGUCACGGUGUUGCAGGUCACGGGUUCCAGGUCUGUUUGUUUCACAGGUAGUUUAAGCCACAGGAAAGUGUAG